AUGUUUGUACGAGGAGGUAUGCUGCGGAUUUUUCGGGGCGGUGCCGCUCGUCUGGUGCGCGGAGGCGACCGAGAACCGGACACUUCGCAUGGUGACGCCCCACAAGCGCAUGAGUUUCUUUUCCUAUUUCCCUUUUCUGUUUCCUUCUCCUCAGCCUCCCUGCCUGUCAGCGUCCAAACAAUAAGCCGGAGAGCCGAGCUUGAAGACGUCUGUGCAGUACUUGUGCCCCCUGUGGCGUCUUCAUGCGUGCAGCUCUUCUUUGUCCCCCACCAUCCCCCCUCCUUUCGUUUGCCACGCCAUUCGUCACCUCCUUCCCAUCUCUGCAGGCGGGGCGGGGUGGGGGGCCCUCCCGAACACAAGCGGCGCUUCAAAGGGAGGCCGAGGCGCGCUGUUCGCCCUGUGCUGCAUUUUUGGAUACCGCCAAUGACUGCCACCGCCACCCACGCGGAGGCAGGCGCCUCUGCACGAAACUCACCAAAGGUGCAGCCGCCAACACAAAACCCCGAUCCAAACUUCUGCAGUUACUACGUGACACGCAAGCACCGAUUCUGCCGCACCCAGUGCAGGCCUGGAUCGCUGUACUGCUGCACCCACAACGUCGAGCAGACAGGUCCCACUCCCUCCGCUGCCCCACAAUCAGCGAAGGAUGUGACCUCCUGUCAGUCAAACGCUGCUGGCUACCGCGGGGAUAUGCGAGUUCCUUGCCCCAUCAACUCCAAUCACACCGUUUACGCAUCACGGCUUGAGAAGCACAUAAAGGUCUGCCCCGACCUGCGCUACGUGACGCAACAGCUGCCCUACUUUAGUGAAGACAAGCACGCAAAUCGCGGUGCAGUGUUUGUGUCGAGUGUGCGGAAUGCGCUUCCGGAAGGGAAGAGCCAGCGGUACACCCAUCGUGACCUGUCCGUAGAGGAUCUGGCGGCUCUCAUUUGCAAGGUGCAUGAGUGCUACGACUCCUGUAUUGCGCCCGACCUCGUCAUCUUGCGGCAGCCCUUGAGAGACCGUCAUGCAGCUUCAGGAGAGCCGGCCGCUACCCCGACACCGGAGGAAACGGCUUCCUUUUAUAACUCUGCCUCCGUGGCUCAUGGAGAGGUUGCAUCUCAGAAACACGGGCCACAGCACAUGGGGCUACUUCGCUGUCUAAGCGAUGUGAUUCGGCAGGUACACGACACCGACUCGAUUCUCGUGGGGCGCGGCAGCAGCCAACGCGCACCGGUUCACGUAGAUGGUUUCUUGGAGUUUGGUGCCGGCAAGGGUGGCCUUUCCGUGGCGCUGCAGCAGCUCAUUGUUCAGCGCCUCCAAUUCAUUGACUCCACCACCACCUCUGUCGGUGAAAGUGAUGAGGCAGAGGGGGUGGCUUCGACUCAGUGUGAUGUGGCCACAGAGACUUCACCCUCAACACCAUCAGCACCGCUGUCUUCGUUGAGGUGGGAUUUUCUUGCCGAGGUUGCCCAGCGGCCGCCGCUCGUGGUGCUCGAUAUGGAUGGCUUUCGGCGUAAAGGUGACGCUCGAGUGCGACACACUGCCGUUCCUCUGCAGCGCCUUCGAAUAAACAUCAAAGACGUCGACUUGACUCGAGCCUUUCUCUCUGAGAUUCGACCAGUGCCGAGCGGGGAGGUGGAGGUGGCUGCAGGUACGGUACCGAAUGCCAUCUCGCGGCCCUUGGAGAACUGGGCUGUGCUAGGCAAACACCUCUGCGGCGCAUGCACAGACUUCGCGUUGUCCUGUUUUACAGAAAACCCCGUGCUCAUAUCGCAGGCACACGUGCAGUUACCCAUUCUGGUGAUCGCAACUUGCUGCCACCACCGGUGUGAGCUCAAGCAUAUGAACCCACCUGAGCAACUAGAAGUGGCACCUGCGCCGCUCGUGUUACCCGGCACCUCCUUCACCUGGUCCGAGAUGGAGUUCGCUGCGCUUGCCAGCAUGUCCUCGUGGGCAGUGUGCGGCAACUUCGUGGACGAGGAGCGGCGCACGGUGGGGCGUAAAUGCAAGCGCAUCAUUGACCAGCUACGCGUUCACUUUCUGCGCCGCCUCGGCUACGUGGCGUUUCAGUGCCAGUACACAACGCGUGACGUGACGGAGGAGAACGUCUGCCUUGUAGCCUUUCAGGCAUCAUGA